UGAUGAUGAUGAUGAUGUCAUGUAAGCCUUCUAGCAGCUGACCAAUCAGCAGCUUCUCUAGGGUCACGCUCUUUAGCUCACAUUUGACCGGUAAGAAGUUUAUAAACAUGGAAUCAGCUGUACAUCAUGGCAGGAGAAGGUGUGCUGGAAAUCAACAACCGUGUGUAGAAAGUGUGUUUUAAUUAAUUAUUCCUUUAAUCAGCUCUUUAGGAAAAUGAGAGUUUAGGCCCAAACAGUGACCUCGAGUAAACACUGAUCACUGCGGACAGAAGGGACGUUUAUUUUUGGUGAAUGUUUAAGACACAUCACACCACGUCCAAUCUACACGACUCUGAUAACAGCUUGGCGAACUAGAUAAUCAUGGAAAAGGGUAAAGAGACACCAUGGCGUACGUGGUCGGCGUUGCCGAUGGUGACGGAGAGCCGCGAGAUCGUCACCGGGAGACAUCUGACACGUUGGAGUGGUAGAUUAAGGGAGCUGGGGUUUAUCACCAACAGGCAGGACCGAUAUCUUUCUGACGUUAUAUGUUAUAUAAAUUUGUUAGCUUAAUCACACAUGUUUCUGUCAUGGAGCUUCGAGCAGGAUCGUAGCUCGCUAGUGGAUUUUUAAAAAUUGUUAAACACUUAAAAGUCGUUAGACGCAAACACACAUCAAAUAAAGUUAAAAAUUGCUAACGUAAGUAAUCAUCUGAGAGCUACAGCAACGAUAACAAGCUACUGACGUUUGUAGACGAAGUUGUUUGAGAGUUCGUCCGCCAUUUUUUUCAAGCUGAGAGGCUUCAGAAAACACGACGUCAUUUCCUGUAAGGGAACGUAGCGAGUGUCGAUGCUCCCUGGUGUUUGUGGUGCAUUGUGGGAUUUUUAGGGAGAGUGCACUGGAAGGAAUUUGCGACUGAGACAGAACUUAAAAUGGCCGCCGCCCUGAUCAGCGCCCUGAGUACUGAACUAGCGAGCGGAUUGAGACGCAACAACGUGAGGUUACUGAUGUUUACUGCUGGAGACGGUGAGUAAAGACGGAGUUCUCCGUCACUGUGAGGCUCUGAGGCAGCAACAUUCUGGUACAAACUCCACCCACUUCCAUAUGAAUACACUCCAACUCCACCCAUUUAUUCUCACAUGCUAAUGAGAUGCUACUGUAGCGCAAUUAGAGCAUUUGUAGAGCAUUUGAUUGGACAGGGACAAAUCUAGUACAGGAUGAGUCAUCAAAAUAUUUUAAUCCUGUUGAACUAUAAACUUUAAACAUGAAUACCUCUAAAACUUCACUGCUGGUGUCUAUGACACUAAGGGAAAGGUGCAGAAACCUCAGAAACCUCAGAAACCCCAAACCACGUGUUCGUCUGAGGGAAACGCCAGCGCUGGUCCGCCAAUCACAGCGCUCGUUCAUGCCCGCGUGGGGGAAGAAGCUCCUUGCUGAUUGGCUGGGCUGUUGGUCGGCGGGAAGGAAGCACUGAUGUAAACACUGAGCACGCUUGUGGAGGGGAAGCCGCAUUUCCAGCGCGUUUGUGUAGCGUCUGUUUUGAAUGGAGUGAAAUGUGGGACUGCAGUUUGUCUCGCGUGCUGCCGGUGCUGAGAGGCGUGUACGGGCGCGUGCACACGCUGGAGGAGUUCAGUGGCGGUGUGGAGUUCAGUGACGGCCGGAAGCCGCUUCUGCUGCAGGAGAGAGACUCAGAGCGGUUUAAAGCGCUGAUCAGGGGGCUGAUAGUGUGUACAGAGUCUCCUCUCACACACACUCCCAGCGCUGCACAGCUGGGCACCCUGCCCGAGGUGCUGGCGUUUGUCCUGAACCGCAUGAAGAUGAAGAAGAAGAGAAACGUUCUGAGUUUCGGUUACCGCUCCAGCACGGGCCGAGCAGACUCCGACCCUUUCAAGUUCCACGGCUCCAUUUCUCAAAGCGCUGCGUUCAUCUGCGGCAGUGAAGCCUGGGCAAAAAUCAACCAACGGCUCGGCACUGACCUCACGCAGUACCUGCUGACUCACUGUGCCGUGUUUAUCACAGCGCCCCCUACCUGCCUGGUGCAGAUCUGCGGCGUUCCUGUGUACGACUUAGUGCCUGUACAUACCUGGUCUGGGUUCUUCCUCAACUCGCGUAACAAAGCUGGCAUGUUGAACAGGAACCAAAGGAUUGCCAUUAAAUACCAGAGUGGGGUGAGGAAAGAGGCAAAAAAACGAAGGAGAAGACAGGCAAAUGCUAAAAACGCUAAAAACACAGUAAAUGUUAAAAAGAGAAAGCGAGAAGAAGGAAAAGAAGAAGUGGAGAACAUCAGGGAGACUCAUGAGGAACUUCCUGCAAAGCAAAGACGUAUCGAGGUCAUAAAACAAGAUAGUGACGUGGGAGAGUCUUGUAUCGUUGAAAAUAUUUGUCCAGUUCAAUCAGAAAUACCUCACAUCAGCCCCGCCCCCAAACAUGGCCUGUCCAGUUGGAAACCGAGUGAUCAACCCCCACCCCGCCCAUCUCACUGUUUCAUCAGUGUACUGAGCAUGCUCUAUGGCGGCCGUGGCAUGAAGGGCUUCCUGCUGAACAGGAAGUUGCAGGGACAUGUGGGUGAAGCCAGAAGGAUCCAGGGGGCAGAUGUUGUUAGGAUGGUAUUUUGUCUCAAGGAAAAGGCCCAACUGUCAGGGUCAAAUUCACAAAACCGAAAGCUACCUAAGCGCUUUUUUGCCAUGGUGCCAAUAUUCACUUUGCUCUUGCGGCGUCAUAGGAAGUGCCACUACACUCACUUCCUGUCUCAGAAGUGCGCAACGAGCGAGGGCAAAGGGGACAUGGUGUCUCUUUUGCCUUCUCAUUGCUCGUCUUACAGAGUGUAUCUGUUUGUGAGGGAGUGUGUGCGCUUUGUUAUUCCAGAUGAACUCUGGGGUUCCCAGCACAACAUGCUGCAGUUCCUGUCCAGAGUGAAGCACUUCCUGCGACUGGGGAAGUUUGAAAAACUCUCAUUGGCUCAGGUGAUGUGGAAGAUCAGAGUGAGUGACUGCCGUUGGCUGGGGCAUAAAAAAAGUAACUGCCCAAGUGAGCAUCGCUACAGAGAGUGGAUUUUUGGGCAGUUUUUACUCUGGAUGCUUAAGGACUUUGUGAUAGGCCUUGUCAAAUCUUUAUUUUACGUCACAGAGAGCGUCAGCCAUAAACAUGCGCUGAGAUUCUACAGACGACACAUCUGGACCAGACUACAGGACCAGGCCUUCAGGGAGCAUCUCUCUAAAGGCCAAUGGGAGGAGCUGAGUUCUGCAGAGGUGGCAUCACUACCGAAGAACACUGUAACAUCUCGCAUUAGAUUUAUCCCAAAAACCAAUGGUAUGCGGCCAAUUACACGCUUGAUCAGCACGGGAGCAGCUAUGCAGUUCCAGAGUUCUGUACGAGAUCUUCAGAACGUAUUGAGUGUGUGUGUGCGAGAGCAGCCAGCUCUGCUAGGCUCGACUGUCUGGGGACGACAGGACAUUCACAGAGGGCUGAGAUCCAUCACUCACACACACACUCCGCUGUACUUUGUUAAGGUGGACAUCAGUGGGGCGUAUGAUAGUCUUCCCCACUCUAAGCUUUUAGAGGUAGUGCAAGAUGUUCUCAAGCCAAUGGAGGAGAACUGCUUCUCUCUGAGACACUAUGCUAAAGUGUAUACCGACUCAGAACAGGAGAUCAGGAAACACUUCUGCACCAGGGCUGAACCGUUUGAAUCGUUGAACAUGAAGGGUUUUGUAAUGGAGGAGCAGAACAACAGAAAGCUCCAUGACGCCAUUCUAGUGGAGAAGCUCUCGGUGGAAGUUAAGGGCGCAGACGUGUUUCAGUUCUUCAAGCAGAUGCUGAGCAGCUACAUCAUCCAAUACGACAAGAAACUGUUCCGGCAGGUGUGUGGUGUUCCUCAGGGUUCUGCUGUCUCCACCAUGCUGUGUAAUUUGUGUUAUGGCCACAUGGAGAACUGUGUGCUGAAGAACAUCACAGAGAAAGGAGGGUAUCUGAUGCGGUUGGUGGAUGAUUUUCUGCUGAUCACUCCAAGACUGAGUAAAGCAAUGGACUUCCUCAAGACGUUAAUGGCGGGCGUCCCUGAUUACGGCUGUGUGAUUAACCCUCAGAAGGUGGCGGUGAAUUUCCCGGUGAGUGAUGACCUGGAGUGUGUGGCGAUGACAGAAUUCCCAGCGCACUGCCUGUUCCCGUGGUGUGGCCUGCUGAUCGACACUCGCUCCCUCCACGUCUACAACGACUACUCCGGGUACGCUGGCCAAUCGCUGCGCUACAGCCUGACGUUAGGCUCCACCCAUUCACCUGCCGUGUUCAUGAGGAAGAAGCUGCUGAUGAUCCUAAGGCUGAAAUGUGACAGCAUUCUUCUGGAUGUUCGUUUAAACUCCAUUGAAGCGGUGUACAAAAACAUCUACAAGCUUCUCCUGCUGCAGGCCAUGAGGUUUCAUGUGUGUGUGAAGAGUUUGCCGUUAGGGCAGGGUGUGUGGACGAACCCGAGUUUUUUCCUGAAGAUGAUCUGGAGUAUGGUGAAGAUUACCACCAAGAGCAUCACACACAGCAACUCAGGAGUGUGUGUGGACGAUGUGCUGCAGUGUGAAGCAGUCGAGCUGUUGUGCUGUUUAGCGUUUGACGUCGUUCUAACCCGCCAUCGCUCUUCGUACCGCCGUCUCCUCCCUCACAUCCGCAAACGGAAGAGGUGUCUAAUGAGCGCGCUCCGUGGCGUCAGACUGGCUCGAGUUUUCCAGGUGGCGACUCCCAGAAUUCCUCCUGACUUCAGCACCAUCCGCAUCUGAGCCAUCCACGCUCGGAGUGACGAUGUUUAAAUGAUUAAACGGGAUAGGGAUGUAACGAGGAUUUAUACAAUAUUUAUAGAAUUUAUAGUAAAAUCAUCCUUCGUUCAGGUGACUUUACAUCAAUGGUGAUGGUUUUGAUAAAUAAAUUUGUUUAUGUUUUCUGGUUGUAUAAACAUGGAGAGCCAAUGAGAAUUAGGGGCGGGGCUUCUGUAUACAACUUUAGUGUAAUUAUAAAGAAAUGCGACACGAUACGAUGCGAUUUCAGCUCGAAGUUUCACCGUGGCACUGAAUCUGCUGCGAUGAGGAUAUGAUACGAUAUGUUAUGAUUAGAUUUUGAUUAGAUUUAGUAUCAUCCGAUCGACCAGCUUCAUUCGGAAUCAGACCUAGCGUUAAUUCUCGUAUAAUGAUGAGGUAGAGAUGAGAGUUUUUACACCACAUCAGCUUGCUUUCAUUUCAUUUAUUUAUUUAAAUAUCAGGACACACUGAGAGCGAGCGCUCUCUUACAGGAGACAAAAUAAAACACGAAACACAAAAGGCACUUGAUUGAAAUCUAAGAGAAUCGAAUGCGUACGCAUGUUCCCUCAUUCAAUUCGCUAAUUAUUCACACAUUUCCGAACAUUAUUAAAUUGAUUUCUUUCUCCGUGUGUGCUUUUUUUCUCUCCAUGUUCUAAUUGCUCACAGUUUUGGGAUUUGGCUUCGUUAUAUUUUAUCACUUUUAGCACGCUAGCACUAACCGCUAGCUAGCUAACGUAGCCUCACACAGUAACAAUAAUAAAUUACUAACGAUGUGAAUGAUUAUCAGCACAAAUAAUAAAAAGAGAAUAAGCGUAA